GAACUCAUAAAGUUGAUUGUUCGGAAGGUUUUGAUUGAAUUGAAGAUCAAUUAUCUAAAUGUGAGUGACCAUAUAGUGGGAAUUGAUGAUCCCGUUGAACAAGUAACGAGGUUGCUGGAGGUUGGUUCAGAGGGUGUACGUAAGGUUGGAAUUUGUGGAAUGGGAGGGAUUGACAAGACAACUCUAGCCAAGGUUGUCUACAAUCGCCUUUCUUCUCAUUUCGAGAGUUGCAGUUUCAUCACUGAUGUCCGAGAAACAGCAAAAGCCCAUGCUCUUCCAACUUUACAGAAACAACUAACACGUGACAUCCUCAGUUGUAACUGCGGAGCACCUCUUAACGUUGACGAAGGGAUCAACCUGAUCAGACAGAGGUUUCAGAAUAAGAGAGUUCUCACUCUUCUUGAUGAUGUUGACCACAGGGAUCAACUCCAAGGCACUAGUAGGGAAACAUGAUUGGUUUGGUUCCGGAAGUAGGAUUCUAGUUAUGACAAGAGACAGGAGUGUCUUCAAUGCAGGAAGGGAAGGCACCUCUGAAGUUCCAGAUCACUAUGAAGGUGACUGGAUUUAUGAAGUUGCCGAAUUGAAGCGCGCACAAGCCUUGCAACUAUUCAGCAGACACGCUUUCAGAACAAACUCUCCUCCACAAGACUACAUGGCUCUGUCAAAAGAGGUAGCCCUCACCACUGGAGGGCUCCCUUUGGCAAUUGAGGUCAUAGGUUCCUUUUUGUGUGGCAAAAGCAAGGCGGUAUGGGAAGGUACUUUGGAAAGGUUGAAAGAUGUCCCACAUAAGGAAGUUGAGAAGAAACUGAUGAUAAGUUAUGAGGCAUUGGAAUAUGAACAACAACAAAUAUUUCUCGAUAUUGCAUGUUUCUUUAACAAAAGGAAUAGAAUAAAUGCUUUUUAUAUGUGGGAUGACUGUGGCUUUUGUCCAGAGUAUGGUUUAGAAGUCCUUCUCCUAACGUCUUUAGUUAAAAUUCAAGAUAAUGAUGAGUUAUCCAUGCAUGAUCAACUUAAAGACCUCGGUAGGGAGAUUGUUCGCCGUGAGAAUCGUAAAGAUCCCGGGAGGCGUAGUAGGUUGUGGAAUGACAGGGAAGCACUAGAUGUGCUGAAAAGUAAGAAGGGAACAGAUGAAGUUGAAGCACUUGUUUUGAACUAUUAUACUAACGGUUCUGAUACUGCCUUAAAGAACCAGAGCUUUACAUGUGAAGAAUUUUCAAGCCUCUCAGAGCUAAGAUACCUCCAAAUGCAUAGCGCGGACCUUGUUGGAGACUUUGAGCAUCAUUUCUCAAAACUAAGAUGGCUUUCUUGGAAAAAUUGUCCUCCAGAUUUUCUAGCUACCAAUUUUCAUCCUAGAAAUCUAGUGGUUCUUGACCUGUCAUGGAGCAAAAUAACACACAAAUGGAAAGGCUGGAAGCAGAUUGAGAUGGCCAAGAAACUGAAAGUUCUGAAUCUUUCCCACUGCGACAACUUGACCAGUACACCAGACUUAUUAGCCUAUGGAAGCCUGCAAAGAUUGAUUCUUGAAGGGUGUUUGCGUUUGUUUCGUAUUGAUGCGUCAAUUGUUCACUUGAAGUGCCUCACUCAUUUGAAUCUCCGAGGAUGUUAUUCUCUGAAACACAACACCUGGCGUAAUAUAAGUUUCCUGGAGGAUCUUGAAGAGCUCAUUACGGACGUACCUUCUCAGAAAGCUGUUUUUAUGUCACAAAGGACAGAGAAGCUGGAUACUUUAAUUGCUACGCAUUGGUAUUCAAGAGUAUUAACGAUCUCACAUGUGCAUCACAAGAUCAACCCGAAAUGGUACACACCAAAGUGUCCUCUCCAUCAACUGUCAGCCAAUUUCACAUACCCAAGCACAGGAAUGACUCAGUCUAGAGAUUCGAAAGGAGUGGAAGCAGAACACAAAGAUUUGGCUUCAAACCAAGUAGAGUGGGUGGAGAGACUUACAGAAUCAGUGGGGUAUUUGGAAUCACUGGUUGAGCUGGACUUAUCAAGCACAGGAAUUACCGAAUUACCUGAUUUGAUAGGUAAUCUGAAGAAUUUGAAAGUGCUGAGAAUUGAUGGAAGUUGCAUAAGAAAGUUACCUGAUGCUAUAGGAAAGGCAGAGAAACUCGAGGAACUACAUGCCUUAAAAAGUGAGAGGUUAGAGGAAGUUCCUAGUAAUUUUGUGUGCCUUCCCUGCUUGAGAAUCUUGAGAUUAUCAAGAACUGCCAUAACUAGAAUACCGAAACUUCCAGCAAGCCUAACCAGUCUACAAAUCGAAUCACGAUCAGCAAGCACUAUCCCUGAUCUGUCGAACCUCAUCAACAUAAGAGACUUGGACUUGGAUUUGAGGAUAUUUUCCUCUAGAGAGCCAUCUCACCUUCUACAAACUCCAGGCCCCUGUUGGAUUGGGAACUUAUCCAAAUUGGAGCGCUUAAAAUUGUCCCUUCCAAAUAUCAUCUCUCUGCCUUCAUCUUUAUGCUCACUUUCAGGUCUCAAGAAACUUGAACUCCUGUCCUGUGUAAACCUCAAAUCCCUGCCACUGCUUCCCACUAGUUUGACGGAAUUAUCCAUCCGAAAUUGUAUAUCAAUGAUAACAUUACCGACAGUUUCCAAUUUGGAGAACUUGUUGUUAUUUGCUCUUGCCGAGACACAGGUAACUGAGAUGGAAGGACUUCGGGGCCUAGUAUCACUCAAAUAUUUGGAUAUACAAAGGUGCAAAAUAGAAAAUCUCGAUGGGCUCCAACAAUUGCAAAAUUUAUCCACACUGAAGGUUUCAACCUGUGAGUUCCUCCAGAGACUGCCUGAUCUUGAAGAAUUAGAAUGCUUGGAAGAGUUGUGGAUUCAAAAUUGCAUUUCCUUGCAAAGAUUGCCAAACCUAUCAAACUUGAAGAAGCUGAAAGUUUUGAAUGUAUACAAAUGUGAGAAGAUUCACAGCAUUCAUGGAGUAGAGGAAUUGAAUUCCCUGAAGGAUCUAACUGUGUGUGGAUGCGAGGCAGAAUCUUCGCCUAAUGUGUGUCUUGCAAAGAAGAGAGUUCUCCAACAGCAUUGGCAAGCCGGGGCUUUUCAAGAAUUCUGAGUUGGUAAUAGCAUGAACUCCAAAGGGAUCUCAAUUAACGAGGCUAUUCGGUACCUUACAUGUACUUUCUUGCCCUCGCCCUUGGCGAGCGUUGCUUUUUUUUUACUUCAGUUAAUUGUAACAGUCUUGCGUGUAGUUUCUAAAAGUUAACUAAAUGCUAGAUCUAGAAAGUCCG